AUGGCACGUCGUUCAGCAGCAGACCCAACAUCCGGCAACGCGACGGAGGCGGCGCCGCUGUUGGGCACAUCUUUCGAGGAAGAGAGUCGCCAAAGCACUUCAUCGAACCGUAUCCCUGAUUCAGAUGACGUGGGUGGCCCAGGACAGGAUAAACUAGCCUUCAGAAUGGCCGCCGCGGCCUGGUCAUUUGUUGUCUUGGGACUUUUCGUCUCGACGAUCGGCGUCACCAUUCCUCAUAUUCAGGACGACUACCGCCUCACCGAUAUCCACGUGUCUGCGAUCUUCCUCGUUGGCCCCGUUGGGUACUGUCUCGCAUCAUCGCUGAGCAAUCGCGUUCAUCUCAGAUUCGGCCAGAGAGGGAUUGCCGUGCUUGGCCCAGCAUGCCAUCUCCUCUACGCGGUCACGGGCGCGCUUCAUCCUCCAUUUCCGGUGUUCUUGCUGGCCACUGGCGUUGGGUCGCUCGGCGUAGGGCUAUUGGACGGAUCUUGGUGUGCCUGGGUCGCCGGACUUGAAAGUGCAAACACGCUAUCUGGUAUUUUGCACGGCUCUUUCUCGGUGGGAGCCGCCAUCUGUCCGUACCUUGCUGGCAUCAUGCUCUCUGCAAACGACGGACUUUGGUAUCAGUGGUUCUAUGUACUAUCCAUUGCAUCUGCCCUUGAGCUUCUUAUUUUAUGCUUGGCAUUUAGGCACGAGGACUCAAAGAGAUACCACAGCAGCAGGGGCUACUCGGCGCUCGAAACUUCCAACGACAAAGUAAACCAGCGAGAAGUCCUGAAAUACAGCGCAACGUGGGUCUACGCAGCAUACCUCCUCGCAGACGUGGGUACCGAGAGCACGGUAUCCGGCUGGGUCGUGGCUUUCAUGCUGCGCGUUCGGAAUUCCAGCACGUACGCAUCGAGUAUCUGCUCGUCGGGCUUCUGGGCAGGCAUGGCAGUCGGCCGUGUGGCUUUGGGGGUUGUAACGGACAAGCUCGGCGCCCGCCGGGCAGUCGUCUUGUACCUUGCCCUGGCGCCCGUCUUUGUUAUUCUCUUCAUGUUUGUCCGGGUUUUAUGGGUGUCGGUACUGUCCAUGUCACUGAUAGGGUUUCUGAUGGGCCCCUUGUUUCCCUCUUGCAUUGUCCAGCUCGUCCAUUUCUUGCCAAAAGAGCUUCACGUUAGCGCCGUUUCUUUUGUGGCAUCGAUUGGCCAGAUUGGCGGGGCAAUACUUCCGUACCUACUGGGAGCUAUCACGCAAGUGAUGGGUCUAUGGGUGUUCCCGUACAUGCUCUUGGCGCAGUUCUCUGCCAUGCUUCUUUUGUGGACGUUGUCGCUGAGACUUUCGAGAAACGAUGAAGUUGAAGAAGAGCCUGAAGGGGAGACUCACCGCCCCGAGCAAGACUGA